AUGGCUUACACACCCCAACAGAAUGGAGUGGUAGAAAGAAAUAAUAGGACAGUGGUGAAGAUGGCUAAGGCUAUGCUACAUGAGGAGGAGUUGCCCUAUUACUUGUGGGCAGAAGCUGUACACACUGCAGUGUAUAUUUUGAACAGGUGUCCUACUAAGUCUCUUAGAGACAAGACUCCGUUUGAAGCUUAUAGUACAAGAAAACUAGGUGUUGCUCAUUUGAAGGUGUUUGGCAGUGUGUGUUUUGUGCAUAAACCAGAUAAAGGUAGACAGAAAUUGGAUGCCAAAAGCACAAGGGGAGUGUUGUUGGAUAAGCAACAUGAAGUGACUGAAAAUUAUGUGGUUAUGGUGAACUAUAAAGAGCAGCCUAGGAAUUCUCAAGCAGAAUCGUUUGAAACACCUGUAGGAAAUCAGAAUUCUGGUUUCAUAUCUAGAGACUCAGUCUCCUAUGAAGAAUCAAGCAAAGCAAGCAGUAGAAUGGAAGACAUUCAGAACUUUGAUCAUACUCCAUUGAAAUGGAGGAAGUUGGAUGAUAUUUUAGCACAAUGCAAUCUGUGCAUAAUGGAGCCUGAGAAGUUGAAGAAGCUACCUAUGGAUAAACCAGUGAUUGGAGUUAAAUGGGUAUUUAAAACUAAGCUAAAUAUGGAUGGUUCAGUGCAGAAGAAUAAGGAAAGACUGGUGGUUAAAGGAUACUCACAGAAACCAUGGUCAGCUUUUCUAAAUGGUAUCUUAGAAGAAGAAGUGUAUGUAGAUCAACCGGAGGGAUUUGUGGUGAAGGGGAGUGAAAGCAAGGUUUACAAGCUGCACAAAGCUCUAUAUGACUUGAAACAAGCGCCAAGAGCUUGGUAUAGUGAAAUUGAUGGUUAUUUUGCUGAGUGUGGUUUCACAAAGAGUCAACGUGAGGCUACUCUUUAUGUCAAGACUAGAAGUGAAGCAAGCAUCUUGAUAGUGUCUAUUUAUGUAGAUGAUAUAGUCUACACUGGAAAUGAUCAAGAAAUGUUAGAAGAAUUCAAGAAGAACAUGAAGGAGAAAUAUGAAAUGACUGAUUUGGGGCUUUUGCAUCACUUCUUAGGAAUCAUAUUUGGCUUGAGUGAGUGUAAGCCGGUAUCUAUUCCACUAGUCACCUCAAAGAAAUUAAGUAAGGAUGAUGGGAGUGGCUUGGCAAGUGAAGAGCAAUACAAAAGGAUUGUUGGAAGUCUGUUGUAUCUCACAGCCACUAGACCUGACAUUAUGUUUGCAGCUAGUUUGCUUGCAAGGUUCAUGCAUUGUCCCACUAGCAAACAUCUUGGAACAGCAAAACGUGUUCUUAGAUAUUUAAAAGGAACUUUGGGUUAUGGUCUGGAGUAUGAGAAAGGAAAAGAGGCAGUUCUAAUUGGCUAUUGUGACAGCGAUUGGAGUGGUUCAGUGGAUGAUAGCAAGAGCACUUCUGGAUAUGCCUUUUCCUUUGGCAGUGGAGUGUUUGCUUGGGCUUCAGUCAAGCAAAAUUGUGUUGCACUCUCUACAGUAGAAGCGGAAUACAUUAGUGCCUCUGAAGCAACAACACAAGCUAUUUGGUUGAGAUUUGUCCUAGAAGACUUUGGAGAAUUUCAAACAGAAGCUACACCUCUACAUUAUGACAACAUUUCAGCUAUUGCCAUUACAAAGAACCCUUUAGCAGAUAUCUUUACAAAGGCUUUGGCUAAGGAUCGUUUCUGCUAUCUCAGAGAAAAGUUUGGUGUGAAAUCAGCUCACAACUUAAAGGGGAGUGUUGAAACUAAGGUGGCGCAUUCUUUGACCCAGGUAGGCAUGCGGCUUCAACAUCAGAUGUUUUGGGAGGAUAUGGCACCUUUUGGGAUUCUUCCACUGCUAGACAAGGAUAGGGAGCAAAAUUUGACAGAGCAUCCCCCCUCGCAGACACCACUACCCACCGCCCAGCCACCACACAUCCUCUUCCCUGACCUCCCUCUAAAACCACCAUGUCUACUGAUCGCUCGCACAACCAUCUUCCUGGAGCCCAUCAAAUCAAAGCCUCCUGCUCCAAAUCCCCAGACCUCCUUCAUUGGACGUUGGGGGUACCCUAUGUGGACAUCCUGGGAAUUUCAAGCUAGCUCUAGCAGCAGCUUAAUUUUGAAGAUUGCCCCAAUCCAACCUGUGAGAGCAUAG